AUGGAGACAGGCGACUCCAUCUCCAUCGAGGACCACACCCACAAGACCCUUUACCAAUUAUAUAAGAAAGCUCAUCCUAAGGAAUUUGUGCUUGGAUGGUUCGAUGCUUUUGACACCAUCGACGGCUCAACCGGUUUGAUUCAUGAUUUCUAUUCCAAAGGUGCCGACAGAGCAUACCCAUUCCCAGCCAUUUUCUUGAACGUGUCGUUCUUGAAAGGAGAUCAAAUCAGCGAGCCUCAGUUGACUACUUACAUUGGUGCCGCCAUUGGAAAACCAGGUCAGGUGCAGAGAAUUGGAUGGAAGACGACUUCCACCACCAACUCUUUCGAGAAAUUGGCGUUGAAUUUACUCCACAAUACCUCCCAAAAGGACAACAGCGUGAUUUUGCAGCAACACGAGGAAGGAUUGGCUACGUUGCAGAGAGAAAUCGGCGCUGUGACUACCGAAUUGAGCCAGUUGUUGCACUACCUCGACCACAUGUCAGGCACAGACUCCGACGUGGACUUGUUGCGGACCUUGAGCAACACCUUAUUGAACAAGCCAACGUCAUUGUCGGACUUGAGGCUGUUGAAGGAACACUUCCAGUCGCACAACCAGGAUAUCGUUAUGAUUGAGUUUUUGACGAGAGCAGUCAAGGAGCAGAUCGAGUUGAUUGCCCGUGCGUCAUCGGAGGCCGAGAAGGCCAUUGCAUAG